AUGCUGAAGUUUGUCUUACCUCCACGUCGACAACCGAAUAACAAUUCAUCAUCUAGCUAUGUUUACGUUGAUGUACAAAAAGAACCAUCUAAAGAAUUACCAGUCCAAGGUUAUUUAGCUAAAAUUGCAAAUUGUCCAGCAAUUCCAGCACUUACAUUCAUUAUUUCAUCAUUUCCACUUUUGAAAAUAUUUGUAUCUAAUGCUGUUCCUAUUUUAGUUGCGAGAGAUGAAAAGAAAAAACAAGAAGCAAAUAAACCAUAUGAUGGAUUUGAUUAA